GUCGUUCGUUUGCGUUCGCGUUUCACAAAAAAAAAAAGCAUGGAGUCAGAACCUGUCGUGGAGAUAGCCCGGAGGCCAGCUUCGUCGCGACUGGAUUACCUCAAUCUGGAUGUCGAUGUGAGGACAGAGUCGCGAAUUGAUCGCAGAGGCAUCGGAAGCCCGCACCAAAUAGAGCAGCAGGGUUCCUAUCAGCAUCACCUUUAUCAGAACACACUAUCGCGUCGGAACUCCACCGGAAGUAGUGUGCUGAACAGCGGAAUGAACAGCCAUACGGCGGCCAUCAAUCUGCAGUCGUCCGGUCAAACAGCAGUCGUUGGUCAUCAUCGAGGUUUCUCGUCAACCGUCGUAGCCGCAGCCAAUUCGGCCGCCUCGGGCGAUUGUCCAUGGUUCAUGCCGCAUCAGAUGCCACCGACAGCACCGGCGCGGCAGCACAAAAGACCGGCGCCACAACCGGGGGUUGGUGUCCCCGGUGGUGGCGGCGGUGGCAUGGGACACGUGGGAAUGCAACCACCACAGUUCAUUAAUCCACCGCCGGCACCGCAGCAACAGAACCAACAACAACAACAACAACACUCGCCCCAGCAACAUCAACACGUGGCACCACCGCAAUUACCUCCUCACAGUGUUACUAGUAAUCAAAAUCUAAAUUCCAUCCUUCUGCCGCCGGCUCAGCAACAGCAGCAACAUCACCAACAACCCCCACCAACAAUGCACUCCGGAGGAAUGAUUCCUCCUGUGCAUCACAUACCAAAAUCCCCCAACCAGCACAACAUGCUAGGGCCCUCGGGUCUCCAGCAAGCGGCGCAACAUCACCAGCCAACGGCACAACACGGUGCCCUGGGUAGCCAUCAAUCGAAUCUCAUGUCCACUUCUAUGAACAGUGCCCAGCUACAGAAUCACAUCCUUACCGGCCAGCAGCAGCAGCAGUCUGCGUCUACAGUUCAAGGGGCGGCGGCGGUAGUUAUUCCACCACAUCCCGCUCAGCAGCAGCAGCAACCCCAGGUGCCACCGGCACCACACGGGAUGUCCAACUCGAUGCAUAGCCAAAUUGGUUUGCCCCCGCCACCGUCGGCGGCGGCAGGUGGGACGGCAUUCGACAGCAAUGGAGUGAGUUGGGUUGGGCCCGGUGGCGUGGCUACGGCGUCCCUUUCGCCCACAGCGGCGGCGGCCGCUCAAAGGAGGGCGGAAGUCAAUGCCAAGCUGAAUGCGAUGCCAUGGUUCCACGGACGGAUAAAGCGCGAGGAGGCGGAAAAUCUGCUGAAACCCCGCGAGGACGGAUUGUUCCUGGUGCGCGAGUCAACCAACUUCCCGGGCGAUUACACGCUGUGCGUUUGCUUCAACGAGAAGGUCGAACACUACCGGAUUAAAUACGCCGAGAAUAAGCUAACGAUCGACGACGACGAAUACUUUGACAAUCUCGGCCAACUGGUGGAGCACUACACACUGGACUCGGACGGACUGUGCACGAAACUGAUGAAAGCCUUACCUAAGGAGGAGUUUUGCGUCAAGGACUUCCAGGACAAUGGCUGGGAGAUCAAAAUGGAAGACUUACAGUUGAAAGAGAACAUCGGCAAGGGCGAGUUUGGCGAUGUUAUGCUCGGCAUUCUGAAGGGUGAGAAAGUGGCCGUAAAAGUGUUGAAGGACGCCGGUAGGGCGUCCAAUAAGUUCCUUGCCGAGGCGGGUGUUAUGACAACCCUCGAACACGAAAAUCUCGUCAAAUUCAUCGGAUUAGUGUUUCACGAUAAGUACAUAUACCUGGUGACAGAAUACAUGAGUAAAGGUUCCCUAGUGGAUUAUCUUCGAUCGCGAGGCAGACAGCACAUCACUCGACGAGAUCAAAUCAAUUUCGCUUUUGACACCUGUGCCGGAAUGGAGUAUCUCGAGAUGAAGAAAGUCAUCCAUCGAGAUUUGGCAGCCCGGAAUGUACUUAUUUCGGAAGAGUGCGUCGCAAAGGUAUCCGACUUUGGAUUGGCACGGGACGAACGGUACACGGCUGACAUCAGCAAGCUGCCUAUCAAGUGGACGGCUCCGGAGGCGCUCAAAGAGGGAAAAUUCUCCAACAAAACCGACAUGUGGAGUUUUGGAAUUCUUCUGUGGGAAAUCUACUCAUUCGGUCGAGUACCCUAUCCCAGAAUCCCUCUCGCGGAUGUGGUUAAGCACGUUGGCAGCGGCUACAAGAUGGAAGCCCCCGAAGGCUGCCCGCCGGAAAUUUACGAAAUGAUGCGCCAGGCGUGGGAUCUAGUCCCGGAGAAGCGACCCACCUUUGCCGAGUUGAAACGGCGGCUGGCCAUCUGCAAGCGAGAAACGGCCAAUAACUACGUGACGUAGAAAGGUAAUAUUGUCCCAGUUAGGUUUACACCGAGCUACUGCAGCAUGGCUGCAGAAGUGCUGUUGUAGACGCCACUUAUGUUUAAAACGAGUCUGAGCGAGUGCUUCUCUAGCCGUUUUCCCCAUCCAAAACCACGCUGCGCAAGUAGUAAGUACUAUUAUAUUAUGAUAGUGGAUGACACAGGAAGAACAUAGAUGCCAUUUAAGUAGGGAAUACUAUUUCUGGUAGCCUCUAAAGAUACCUAAAAUGACUGUAGCGGAAUGUAUUGGGGAAUCUGUUGAUUGAGGCAAAGGUUCGAGGGAAUUGUACAGAAUAAGUGUUUCUUGUUUUCGUUAAGAUGGUCUUUCGUUCACGCUGGCUAGUUGCGCGUGUUUUAUGUAAGGCCGGCAUUUCUUUUUUAUCCUUUGGAGGAUCAUACUUCCGUUCCCUAAUCAUAUGCUAGGAAGCAAAAGUAACCGUAACACAAUGUAUAUAAUCAGCAGGAAGAGUCGUCUAAUCUGUUAAUAGACAUGUUCAGAAAAGUGAAAAGAUUUGGUGAUUAAGAAUUAACUUAUUAGCCGCGGUCGGAAUGAAAAGUUUUUUAAUAGUGGCAUAUAAAUAGUUUGCGUUUCCUGAAAAGUAUGGAUGAACGAUUUCUUUGUUUGUUUGUGAUAAGUUAUGAUUAAGCAAGGACAGGAUAGUAACAAACAGUCAGUUAGUUCCACAUAUCAUCAGUUUAUUUUGAAUGAAAUCUAGUAUUGGUUUUAAACAUAAUUUUUGUUUAGUAUUUGGGCUUCUUGAGAUGCAAGUAAGAUUGGACGAAAGAAAGAAGAAAAAUCCCCGA